CACUGGGUCCGGAAGUGGGACGCUGGUUGGCGGAAGACGAAACUGAUAAGGACUUCCAGUGCGUUCACGAGCUUCACGAGCGGCCGGAAUCAGCUGGUCUUAGUGAUGACUGUGUCACCACUGGACCAGAGCAAGUUGAAGGCACUCCAAAGCGCCACAAAUCGAGGAACGCCGUAUACGAGCUCACCAGAGGAGAUGUCAACGAGGCUGGUUGCUUCGACGAAGGCAGACCGAACGAAGCCAUCAGCGCACGUGGUUCGACCGGCGAGGGUACGCCAUGUGCACAAACAAGGAAUGCAGGGCGGCCUAAAGGAUGCCCCAAUCAAGAGCCCGUUGGCAAGCGGCAAGUGGGACGACGAGGAACAGAGUGAAUGGACGACGAGCGAGAACCGCGAGAACCAACCCAGCGGAAAAGAAACAGGCUUAAAGCAUGGAGCGUGGCGUACGAAUACGUCAAAGAUGGGCGGGUGUGGACGACAAAUUGCGCCAGAAAUUUCGAGCCUGAAAAACAAGCCAGUGUCAAACAACAUCGCUCAAUCAGCAAAGCGGACGCCAAGCUCAGGGAUGCCACAUUUGAAGAUUUUCGAGCACAGGCUCAAUGCUCAAACGUAUUGUUUUGCCAUGUUAUUCGAUGAUUUUUAAUUAAAAUAAUUACUCACGAAAAAGAUAACUAUGUUUUGCUUCUUUUGCCAAAAACAGAUUU